GCCGAUGCGGCGCCGGUGUGGUGGAAGAUGGCUGUGUCGCGGGGGCUGCGGUGCUGCCAGCGCGCCUUCGCCUGGCUGCCCGUCCUCAUCAUCGCCCUCGUCGUGCUCUGGUCCUACUACGCCUAUGUCUGCGAGCUGUGCCUGGUGACUCUGAGCAACCCAAUAGAAAAAGUGGCCUAUCUUAUAAUAUUCCAUAUUCUCUUUGUGCUCUUUGUGUGGACAUACUGGAAGUCUAUUUUUACUCUCCCGGUGCAGCCAGGUAAAAAGUACCACAUGUCCUACGCUGACCAGGAGCGUUAUGAGAAUGAAGAAAGGCCGGAGGUGCAGAGGCAGAUCCUGGCUGAAAUUGCGAGGAAGCUGCCGGUGUACACGAGGACGGGGAGCGGAGGUAUUCGGUUCUGUGAUCGGUGCCAGCUGAUAAAGCCUGAUCGUUGUCACCACUGUACUGUUUGUGCCAUAUGUGUGCUAAAAAUGGAUCAUCACUGUCCAUGGGUGAAUAACUGCAUCGGAUUUUCUAACUACAAAUUCUUUCUACUCUUCUUAGCCUACUCUUUGCUGUAUUGCUUGUAUAUUGCUGCCACAGUCUUCAAGUAUUUCAUUAAGUACUGGACAGGUGAACUGACUAAUGGACGUUCCAAAUUUCACGUCCUUUUCCUUCUCUUUGUGGCGGUCAUGUUCUUCGUAAGCCUUAUGUUUCUGUUUGGCUACCACUGCUGGCUCGUUAGUAGAAACAGAUCCACUCUAGAGGCUUUCUCAGCUCCUGUGUUUCAAAACGGCCCAGAUAAAAAUGGGUUCAAUCUUGGCUUCGUAAAGAACCUUCAGCAAGUGUUUGGAGAAGAAAAAAAGCUCUGGUUGCUACCUAUUGCCUCUAGCCAGGGCGAUGGGCAUUUUUUCCCCAUGAGGGCUUUGUGUGAAGCUCAGAAUCCUCUCCUAGCAAAUGAAGAGCAGUGGGAAGAUGAUGGAAUAGAUGAAGAGCCUCAUGAUUCUGGAGAAGCUUCAUCCCUUGCCAUAGAAAGGGAGACAUAGCAGCUUGAACAUGCAGCGGUAUAAAGCUUGUUCAGGAAGCUUCCCUCUCAGGAGUCAGCAUCCCUUCUCUUGGCCGGGACUUCAGUUCUGAGGGGCAGAAAACAAGUGGAUCUUCAGGAUGAGAAAACAUCGUGGAGCAUUGUCUGAUUGGAAUCUGCAUUCCAGAGUGCUUCUCCAGAAAUCCUGCCAUCCAGAUGUCUCAAGGCUUUCUAAGUUUUAAGUUACAGAGUGAACAGAACAGUUUUAUAGAGUGAUUCUGGCCAAUCUGCUUUGGCCUGCUCUUUAUUUUAUAAAUACUAUAUAUUUUUUAUUCAAAAUAGGUGUAAAAGUACUGAUCUGAGCGCAUUUCAAAGGCCUUUUUGUUUUGCAAACAUCAGGGACUCGAGUUCUUGAGAUUCUUUGAAGCCAUAGUAUUCUUGGGGAUGGUAUUUGUUUUGAGACUGAUUCUCCAACCUGCUCUGACAAGUGGCAUUUUCUGACACGUUUAAAGUUGAGUCAGUUCAACUCAGUGAGAGACAGACCCAUUUAAAUUUGGCACUAAAUUGACAGUUGGAUCUAAGUGUGUUGAAAGACAAAGUGCUGAACAUGCAUUAUACAUGUGCAGCUGUGUAUGAAAAUAGAAUUCAUUGCCAGAAUCGAGAUUCAAGAAUAUUGUGGCCAGAAGAGGGUGUAAUUGUCUUAGAGUUUGAGUUCUAGCACCCUUUACGCCCAGUCCUGCUUGCAGGCACCUAACGUGCAAAAGGGAACUGUGGACGGUAGAGUUUGUGUUAAUUCUUGGAGCUGAAAUACCAGCUCAUCCCUGGAUCAGUGUUUGAUGGACAUUUGUGUGUUUGUGGAGUCAGAGGAAGGUGUAAAUUCUAAACGUGUGAGUUGGAAUUGCACCAAAAGCUUCGCCCCAGCAGCAGUGUUUGGAGUUUACGCCUCAUGAGGAUGGUUUUAGUCCCGUAAUGCUGAACAGCCAGUGGAUAUAUUGAAUGUUUUCAAACUUCUCCCUACGUACAUGGGCUGGUUGGUGGUUUAGAGGGUUUUCAGCACUGAGAGGUGGUGGGUUUUUUCUUCCUUUGGCUCCAUUUGCAGUCAGGGAUAUACCACUGGGUUUAGUCUGUGGAAUGGAACUGAGGAUUUGCUGCAGGAUUACACACAUUUUUCUACACCUGAGGUUUUUUUAUCUGCAUGAUUCAGAGCUGGUAACUCCAUCACUCGUGUGAAUUAGGUGCAUGCUUAAAGUAUUAGUAGACUGCCUUUAGGAUCAUUUGUUGCCAUUUUCUGUCCCGGUUUUGUGUUUGCUUAUCAGCCCACUGUGUUGACAGUGACUGCAGCAGCAGUUGUGUCUGUCAUGGGAAAUUACCUGAUAAGUAUCUGUUUGGUGACAAGGGCACUGAGCCCUUUUCCUGUUUACUCUGCUACUGGUGCAAAUGUGUUUGUGAGACAAGGAGUCUUGCAGGUUUUCUGUCCAUAGGAAUGGAUGUUUAACUACCUGGUGUAAACCGUGCCCUGCAUCACAGGUAUUUUGCACAUCGGCCUCUGUAGUUGGCUGUAGGGCAGGCAGCGGCCUCGGUCUGUCAGUUCAGGACAGGCUCCCCCAGGCUGAGUGUCGGUGACUCCCGCUUCUCAGAGCCAUAGGGAGCACUCUGGAUGUUCCUGUUUCAGCCCCUUUCACCACAUCUGAUGGGUGGUUCUGUCAUCAAACGGCUGUUGAGUGCUGAAACUGUUUUUCCUGUCAAUCUUAACCUGCAUUUCUAAUGUAAAUCUUGUGGAGAACCCUGAGCUGUGUUUGAAGAAAGAUGCAGUAGAAUUAAUCACCUCAUUGCUGGCAAAAUGUGUUCUGAAGGGGGCUGGAGAGAGGAGGGUGGCAGCUAAACACAGUAGGAAAUGUGUAGGAAUUUAGCACCCACAGAGGUGCUAUUUGUGCCUUUUAAAGCUCACAAUUCCUCGUUUACAGAAACAGGAGGAUGAUCUGGUGACCUCCUGUUUCAUUCUGGCAGCUGAAGUGUGGUUUUAAGACAGGAGCAUGAGCUGUGUCUGAAGCCGUGUGGAUUUACAGGCGUUCUCUGAGCAGGUUCUCGUGCCCUGUCUGGGUUUGGUUCUGGUUGCAGCCGUGUCCUUGUGCCAGUGCUGCGUCUCUGCCAAGCAGCAGCAGCACAAGAGCUGCCUACAAGACGUGCAGGCAGCGUCCCUGCCUGCUGGCUGCAGCGCUGCUCAUCAGGUAGUGUAGGAUCAAUUCUUGUCUCGCUAUUAAAACAGAUGUCUCUAUGAUAACACAGCUAUCGGGCUCAGAGUUAGAAACAGCUUUAAAGGUUUCCAAGUGACUCAGUAACUUUACUUGCAAUUAGUUAUGGCUGAUUUUCCCCUUUCCUUAACAGCAGCUCAGCCUCACUUGGCUAUAACAAACUCCUGUCCAGGUAGAAACAAUAAAUAGUCUGAGAGCUUCAGAACCACUUCACAUCAAUAGUCGCACAUCUGGGCUUUGAAAGCUCCAGAAUGAAACAUGAAACAAAUACAAAAGUGGUGUAAAAAUGAGGCAGAAGAAAAUGUGGGAAACCCGGUGAUGCCACAGACACCAUUGCAGAGGGCCUGCGAGGGAGAUGGGGUUCUCCCAGUGUUUCUGGCCUUUGCAGAGGCUGUUCACAGAGCUGUGGGCACUGUACAGGCAGUGUUUUGCCCUCACCCCCUCCUACCCGUGCUUUUAAAGCUGGGCUGUUUACUUUUUAAAUGGACUUUUUUGUUCCCUUAGCUUCUGAAAGAAUGUUGCAUACAAAGAAUGUGAUAAAUGCAGGAUCUGUAAAGUUCUGUCAGUUAUGCCUGGUAAAUGCACUGGAAAACAGGAAUUCCUCAGGCUCUUUGUAGUCACUGCUGCACGUAAUGGGUGAAUAUAGGGAGGAGUUGGGAGUUCAGGCCAAGUGCAGACUGUUCUGCCUUGCCUGUGGCCUGUUUGUUUGUACUGCAGCACUUUACAAAUGCAUUUUGUGUCCUUUGUGUGAGGACUCGGCUCUUCCACGUGGAUGCGUCUGGGUGAGGGACAAACGCUCUCGCUGGGUUUUGCUGUGCUGCUGCCAUCCCAUCCGUGUUCUCCAGAAUAAUGCUCCCAAGUGACCAACCCCCAGUGACCACCUCCUGCUCUCCUCCUCCUCGCCCAUGUACAUUCAGGUACCCUGAACUCAGAGAAAACAUCACAUUGAUGUUUCUAUGGAUAGUAUUGGGUUAAGUCCUCUCCUUGGCCAGUGAGUCCUGCCCAGGGAAUGAGGAGGUCCACAAGCUGCACUACCCUGCCGUUCUGCUUUGUCUCUUGCUGGGUUGGUACAGUGUGUUUUUGGAGUAGAAUAUGGUUAUAUUCCAUUAAAGAGGAAGCAGUCCUCUGUGGUUUUAGUGUGCUGUACCUAGUGCAGGUAGCUAUGAGAACCAGGAAGCUUCCCAGCAGCGCUGCAGGGAUGAAUAACUUCCUGGAGCAAACCAGCAGACUCUAGACUAGCUGUAGUUGUUAGCUCCCUGUGCUGGUGUGGACUGAAAGCACAACCUAGUGGUAGUUACCAAACCUGCUGCAUAAAGUCUGUAACAUAAUAUGAAUGUAAAGUGUUGGGGGGGGGGGUAGAGGGGGGGGUUAAAAAGAAUUUACUGUUUCUUCCCCAAAGUCAGAGCUAAAGGACAAUGUGCUGAGGUGGAUUCAGGGACGUGCUGCCUCUGCAGUCCUUGCACAUUCAGUGUUUGCAGAGCGGGUGAAGGAGGUGCUGCUGACCUCAGUAAAGCCGCAGUCAGCUAACUCAAAGGGUCACAUUCUUUGUUCGGUGACUCCUCUGGUACCAAUUGUUGAAGUUAAUCCAUAGUACUUGAAAAUACCUUGAGUUUGAGACCUUUCCCAUUCUGUCAGGUGGGGGUUUGUUACAGAGACUUACAAACUCGUUCUGAAGCCACCAGUUACAGCGUUUCCCUGUGGAGUGGGGGCUCAUUGGAGGCGCUGGUGUGUCGGAGCUCCACGACAGCACUGCUGGUGCUCUUCCUGCUCGAUGCUUUGUGUCCUUCCCCAGUGAUGAACUCCCAGAUCAUACCCCCUGUCACGCAGCUUUAUUCUCGUUCUUCCAUCUCCCUCUGAGAGUCUUUCCUCUUCCUCCUGAAUAUAUCAGCUACAAUAUCGCCAGCUUUCAGCUGCCUGUGGUGGUUUUUGGACCCUGUGAAGGUGAGUGGGUGUCAUUUUGAGCAGUUGUGCCAUGUAUUUGUACCUAAUCUGAAUGGCAGGUGUGGGUCUGUGGUUCUCCUCGCUCAGGCUUGGCUUUGCACAGGGCAGUGGGAUGCAUCUGCCCGUGUUGCUUUUCUCUCUUCCCUAAAAAUGUCGUUUCUUCCUUUUCUAGCUUCCGUUUGGAAUGUAAACCUUGUGAAAUAAACCCUAAGUUUACAUUUCAGAUCCCAGCCUGUAAGUUGGUUAUGCUUUCAUGCUGCUUAGUGUUACUUAUUUUUCUGUAUGAGGUUUUAAGAUGUGCAGCAGCUCAGGAUGCGCCACUCUCAGCUGUGUUGUUUCAUACCAAUUCCUCACUCUUUGAUUUACUGGGAAUGUCACAACCACUCCACUGAUGACAUUAGUUGGGUUCAGUUUAAUGCUGCUGCUGACAUUGAGACUUUUGAUAUCAAAUGGGUUUUUACAAAAGCUUUGGAUACUCGUUUUUACUGUCUGACAAACAUUGGUGGUGGUGUGCUUUGUGUAUGUUCCACUAGUGUUCUCCUGGUGUUUGUAUGGUUUCUACAGGUAAAUAUUCUCUGUGUUCUGCUGUCAUUUUCUAUUACGGUUUAUACAAGAGAGCCUGCACGCUUUGUACUGCACUGCAGGCAAGGGCUGCAUUAAACCCACUUUUGGCCAAUUUA